UCUAAGUCUCUCCCUCACUCUCUCCAUUUCUUAGACAAACCGUCGCCUGAGCUCGUCGACGCAGGAAUCGACGUCACCUGAGCUCGCUGACGCAGGAAUCGACGUCGCUUGAGCUUGCCGACACAGGAAUCGACGUCGCUUGAGCUUGCGACGCAAGAAUCAACGUCGCCUGAGCUCGCCGACGUCGCCUGAGCAAAACCCACACAAAAUCCCAACGAUUCAAAUGGCGAUAGUGACGAUUCAGAUGCCGUUCGCAACGAUCUAGAUGCCAUUCGCAACGAUUCAGACUCCGGUUGCGACGAUUCAGGCGCCGAUCGCGACACUUCAGACUUUGGUUGCGACGAUUCAAACGUCGUUCUUUCGUGACGAUUCAAACUCCGAUUGCGACGAUUCAAGCGCCGUUCGCGACGCUUCAGACGCCAUUUGCAACGAUUCAGACUCUGUUCGUUCGCGACAAUUCAGACGCCGUUCGUUCGCAACGAUUCAGACGCCAUUCGCGACGCUUCAGUUCACCGAUCGUUGGCAAUGCUUCAGUUCCCAACGCUUCCAGCGAUGUGUAAUGGGAAAGCAUUUCAACAGCUAAAUACACAUUGUUUGCAAAUAACCUCGGAUUUUUUUUUUAAAGUUGUAAGCUUAGCUUGAGCA